AUGCGGCUCGGGCUGCGGCGGCAGACGACGGGCCGACGGCGGCUGCUCGCGCGGACUGCGGGCCGGCGGGCGGCGCGCGGCGCGGCGCCGACGGGACCCCGCCCGCGCGCCGUCGCUCCGCACCGCUGCUCCUCUCCCUCCCGAUUCCUCCGUACUCUAUACGAGCAAGCCGAGAUGGGGAGUGUAAAGGAUGACCCCCAUAAACCGGGUAGCAGUGUUGGACACUCUUUGGAAAUUUUCUUGUUUUCUAAUGGACAACGAGACUCCCCUCCUAGAAAAUAUAAUGUGCGUGUCGAUGACCGAUGUGAUAUUACGUUGAGCUUCUUGGCGCGCUCACAAAACGGAUCAGAACACAAUAUAGAACUCUACACUACCGAUGGUAAAAAAAUAAGAAGAGCUCAAGAAUUAGGCAAUGGAGCGACCUACGUAGCAGUGGAGCCUCCGCAGGCGUUCAUCUCGUCCGGCUACAACGACUACCUUAUGAAAGCAUCAAGGCAUGUGUAUAUUUAUCAGAUUUUAAUUCAGAAGAUUCGUGUUUCAAAUAAUUGUGAUAUGUACUGGCUACUGGGCACACAGUCAGACCUACGGUUCUAA